AUGAGUCGACGUGAGGCGCUGCAAGCGUCUUGCAACAGCACAGGGCUGUGGGUCCGACCUCCGGAGCCCACACGUCGCAACACCUUCUUGCAGUCAACAAACCUCCUGUCCAUCGAACGAUUGGUGAAAGACGUGUGCAACCAAGCAAACGCAGGCUGCCGAUCUGGCAUCCGGCUCGCCAACUUUGGAGCGGGCGAGUACCUGACCUCAACUCGGAAUGUUGCGACCCUCGACCCUGUCAACAAAUUGCUGCUGGGCGCGGGCGAUGCACGCGCGCUGCUCGUUGAUCCUGAUGCCAACCGGCUGCACAAGGCGGCGCGAGCACUGCCGGCGAGCAAGGUGGUGGCGCUUAAUGAGUACGCCACGCCGGGGUCCGUCCGCAGUCAGUUGCAGCGCGCGGGUCUCGUCGGGGUGCCGCUAUCAGUGCUCAAGAUCGAUAUCGACUCAUUCGACUGCGACCUACUUGCCGCAACGCUUGCAGCGGGCACGCAGCCUCGAGUUAUCGUUCUCGAGGCCAACGUGAAGUUCCCGCCUAAGCUCAGAUUCAGCGCUCACUUUGACGCGCGCGUGGCUGCCGGCUCGCGCUUGGGCAAGCCGUGGGGCUGCUCCCUGGCAUACCAACAUGCUGUUUUGCGCGAUUACGAGCUGCUGCACCUCGACACGCUCGACUCCGUCCAUGUGCUGCGAAGCGUCUGGCCCUUUGCGAGGCGCCCGUGUAGUGUUCGGCAGACAUACGAGGCGGGCUUCGCGGAGCCGUGCCGUCGUGCAGCACGCGCGGGGUGGUUGGGAGACUUCGAGCAAAUGCGCCCGGUGCAAGCAAUGUGUCGUCAUUCGGAGAGCCUCCUCAAGAGGUCCAACGGGUCGAAAGAGCGACUACUCGUCGCUGCGCGGGAGGAACUCAUGCGCCAGGACGAGAAGCAGCAGCAGAAAGGUACGACACUGGCUCGCUGGACGCUCGAAGUGUGA